CUCCUCCGGAGUGGCUCCUCCAGUCAGCGGUCAGUCGGCGCGCGCAGAACACACGCGUGGGAUCAGUGUGCCGUCGGGCCGCGCCACCCGGACCAGGCGAAAUAUAUAUUAGAUCCGGGGGGAAAAACGAAAAGGAACGAAAGGUUUAGGCUGGCGAGGUCCGCUCCUCUCCUGCUUGUCUCCUGCCUCCCUUCCGAGCAUGCAGUGGUGACGUUCAACAAUACCAACAGCACGAGGCGUACUCGCUCGCCCCUCUCGUCCGUGUGUGUACUCCUAUCCGACACCCCCUGCAUGUGCCUGCGACCGCCAGUGGACCACCACCGCCGCCGCCGCCGCCGCCGCCCCUGAGCCGCAGGGGGACGCGAAGGAGCGCCCAUGCAGCUCAAGAGGACGCCCAGCUCAAUGCUGCUGCGGAUGCUGCUCGUGCUGGUGCUGGCGCUGGUGCCGGCGCCGCCGGCGCGCGCCGCGCUCUACCGCUCCACCAGGUCGGACCAGUUCUACUACAACCGCUACGGCGGCGGCUACACGGCGGCCUCCGGCUGGCCCGACGCCGGGGUGGGCGGCGGCGCCCUGGCGCCCAGCUGGGACCGGCCCGCGGGCCCGCCCGGCGCCCUGGGCCCGCCCGGCGCGCCGCCCCCGCCCCCGCCCGGGGACCUGGGCCCGCAGGCCCGGGACGCCGGCUACCGCGGCAACGGCUACGACAACCUCGCGGGCGCCCCCGCACCCGGCGGUUGGGGAGGCCCCCCGGGCGGACCCGCACCGCCACCGAGUGCGGCGCGCGCGGGGACCUGGCGCGGCACGGGCGUCUGGGACUACGGCAACGGCGGCCCGCCCGUGGGCGCGUGGACCGGCUCCGGCACCUGGGACGCGGAGCGCGGCCACUUCGUCGGCGACGUCUGGAAGGGCCCGCCACUGGCCGGUGGUGUGGCCGGGCCCCCGGGCGGCGACUACGGGCAGACGUGGACCAUGGGCUCGGCGGGCGCUGACUGGAGCCGGCCGCCGUCCGGGUACAACAGCCACGGGUCGCCGCUCGGCCACCAGGGCGGCAGCGCCCCACAGUCCGGCGGCUACACGCCGUGGGCGCCCGCACCCCCGCAGGGCGGCCAGGGCAGCCACGGCGGCCCCGGCCAAGGCUACUACUACUACUACGUGGACAACAACAAGCCCAACCCUGCCUACGGGGGCGGCGGCGGCGGCGGUGGAGGCGGAGGUGGCAGCUGGGGCAGCGGUGGCAACUACGCCUCCGGCUGGAACAACUACGGCUCCUCGAGCAACUACGGCUCCUCCUCCGCCCACGGCACGGCCUGGGACCGCUGGGACCAGCAGGGGGGCUCCGGUGGCAGCGGGUACCGCCCGAGCAGCAGUGGCAGCGGCGGGUACCGUCCUAGCGGCGGCAGCUACUCGUCCAGUGGAGGCAGUUACUCGUCGGGGGGUAGCGGCCACCACUCGGGAGGCAGCAGCUACCCGUCUGGAGGGAGCGGAUACCAGUCUGGGGGGAGCGGCUACCAGUCUGGAGGGAGCAGCUACCCGUCCGGGGGGAGCGGCUACCAGUCUGGAGGGAGCAGCUACCAGUCUGGAGGGAGCGGCUACCAGUCUGGAGGGAGCAGCUACCCGUCGAGCGGCAACAAGUACCCAUCAAGUGGAAGCAGCUACCCCUCUAGUGGCACCAGUUACCCGCAAGGAGGAAGCAGUUACCCGUCCAGCGGUAGCAGUUAUCCUUCGGGAGGCAGCAAGUACCCGUCGGGCGGUAGCAGCUACCCGUCCGGGGGAACUUCUUAUCCAUCGAGCGGAAGCAAAUAUCCAUCGGGUAGCAGCAGUUACCCCUCUGGAGGAUCAAGUUACCCCGCUGGAGGAAGUAGUUAUCCCUCUGGAGGAUCAAGUUAUCCCGCUGGAGGAAGCAGUUAUCCCUCUGGAGGAUCAAGUUACCCCGCUGGAGGAAGCAGCUACCCUUCUGGAGGAACCAGUUAUCCCUCUGGAGGUUCCAGCUACCCAUCAGGAGGAAAUAGAUACCCCACAGGAGGCAGCAGCUACCCUUCCGGAGGGAGCAGUCACCCCAGUUACCCAGUAGGCGGCAGCAGUUACCCUGUCGGAGGAGGUAGUUAUCCCGCUGGAGGGACCAGUUAUCCGCCAGGUGGAAGCAGUUAUCCGGCGGGUGGAAGUGGUUAUCCGGCUGGAGGCAGCAGUUACCCCCCAGGAGGGAGCAGUUACCCCUCUGGAGGCAGUAGUUAUCCUCCGGGUGGCAGUUGGUCCUCCAGCUCUUACCGUCCGCCGGGCCCUCCAGGCCCCCCGGGAGGAAGCUAUCCACCCGCCACCGGCAACCCGAGGUACCCUCCCGCCGGCGCUGGCGGGUACCCACCGGCGGGCGCAGGCUACCAACCCCCGUCCGGCGGCGGCUACUACCCGCCGGGCGGUGGCGCGGGCGGCUACCUGUCGGACAGGCGCGUCUACAACUACAACCCCAACGACGGCUACUCGCGGGCGCCCGUGGGCACGGGCCCAUCGCUGCCCCCGGGUCCACCACCGGGGCCUCCGGGGCCUCCGGGACCUCCCGGACCUCCGAACAGGUACCCGGGCGGCGGGCAGGCCACGGCGGGGACGUGGAUACUCGUGGCCGGUUCCGGAGGGUAUUACCCCGACCAGCGGCCGGGAGGAUCGGGAGACUAUCCCAGUCAGCCGGCACCUUACCCUGGACCUCAGCCGUCAGGAGGAUACCCAGGCAGCCCACCCCCGGGGGGUAACUGGUACCCAGGGUCGGAGCCGGGGCGUUACCCCGACAGGCACCCGGGCGGAUACCCGGAGCAGCAGCCUGGCGGUUACCCGGACCGAGGAGGCUACCCUGACCGGGGUGGCUACCCGCAAGGGGGUGGCGACAGGUACCCAAGCGGAGGCGGGGGCGGCGGAUACCGAGUGCAAGGUAACUACCAUGAAACAGGCUACCCUCCGGCCGACGGGCAUGGCUAUGGGAACGGAGGCGGUGGCUACGGCGGCGGAGGCAGCGGCGGCCACCAUGGCGGCGGCCACCAUGGCGGCGGCGGGGGCGGCGGGUACGGCGGCAGCGGGGGUAGCAGCGGAGGUGUCAGCGGGAGCGGCGUCUACUACCUGGACCGCGAGAACCCGCACUACCACCCGCAGACGGGAGGCACAGCUCCAGGUAGCGGCUCCGGCUCCGGCUCCGGCGGGGGCGGCGGCUCCGGGGGCGGCGGCUCCACCACCUCCAGCACUCCGGGGGGCGGAGGAGGAAGCAGCUUCUUCCAGGGCACCACCAAGUCGUACUUGUACGACCGGAACAAGGACGGCACGCCAAGCGCGACGACGACCAACGGCGCCGAGUCCGAGUCCACGCCGGCCGCCGACACCUCGGAGAGCACCGCGGGCACCAAGCCCGAGUCCAGCAGCAGCACGUCCAGUUAGCCAGGGUGGCUCCAGACGUCGGCGUAUCCUAUAAAUAUUCCAUCAUCGAAAUCUUUGGGAACGUAGAAUGCUUUUCUUCAGAGAUAAACACCGAUCCCCAGAAGGGACCCAAAGAACACGACCUUGUGCAAAUGUCAUCAAAUUGAGGUCAAUGACCGAAAAUUGGGCCGUUUUGAGAGUACCUUGAUGGCAAUUUCACAUCAUUUGACAGUCAAUCGCAUGAAAUGUCAUCAAGUUUUCAUCAAAGCAGGCUUCAAAACUUACCACAUCUUGACUUUGACCUCAUUUUGAUGUCAAUCUAACAUUCGUGUGUUUGAAAGCUCUCUGAAAGGAAAAUUUGUGGAGACAGCCUCCAGAAUAAGGUCGAAUCAGACACGCAGCUUCUUUGUCUGGGCUCGAGUUCUCCCCUGUUCGUCGCCUGGCCUGUCUCUGCGUCGGCUAGCGAGUACCUCGGCUAAAAAAAAAAGUCUCUUCGAAGAGCAGAACGGUUUGGCAAAACUCACAAAAAGAAAAUGAUGCUUGUUUGCUGUGUUUGCGCAAAGAGCCUUUGAAAUGGCAACGAAUGUGUGGUGGGUCCUGAUCUCAUAAGUUUAAAAAGUAAUAUUUAUUUAUGCGUGUAGCUUUUGCCAUGUAACUCCUAAUAAAAUUCUUUGAUCAACUUUGACAAGUAGAAUAGACGUACAAGUGCAAUAUUGACAUAAGUCAUGAAAAAUUAUGUUAGAUAAUAAAUAUUCAAUCAUAAGGAUGAAUUAAAAGAAUAAAAAGUUAUUCAUUCAAUGUAAA